AUGAUACUGAUAUUGUACAAUCUCGUCUUCGCAGCAUUGUGCUCGGCCGUUGCAAGUGCAAGUUCGACUUCAGACGUUCGCUAUGAGCUUGUUGAGGUGCACUCACUUGCUAAGUCUUGGUCAAGGGUCAGCCCAGCGGACGGAAACGCCGAUAUCACCUUAAAAAUCGCUCUGAAACAAUCUGCAUCGACCCCAUAUGUCGUGGAUCUUCUCAAUCAAGUUUCGACUCCCGGGAAUCGUAAGUUUGGACGGCACCUCUCCGCCAACGAGUUGUCUGGUUUGUUGAAGCCAACGGAUACUGCCUUGGACGCUGUUCUGGCCUGGCUUCGAAAGAACAAUCACAACGCGGUGACUACUGGUCCUGGGCAAAAUUGGAUCAGCGUACGAACAAAGAUCAAGCGCGCUGAAGAGUUGCUCCGGACUUCGUACUCUACUUUUCGUCACGAGGACGGUUCGCUGACACAACGCACACUCGAAUGGUCCCUACCGGAGAACCUUAUUGAACAUGUAGACCUCAUACAUCCAACAACGAUGUUUCCCAAUUCUCUACGGGCUGAAUUUCGACCAUCACAUCUUCAACCGACAUCCAGCGACGAUGUUAUACCUGCUCGGUCAGGUCAUACACAACAGCCACCCCAACAUAUUUCACGUAGCACGACUUGUGAUCUUCAAGAUCUGUGCAAUACGACCUAUACGACUGUUAAUUGCAUCCGCUGUCUCUAUCAUACAUUCAACUACGAGCCGCAAGCACCUCAACAGAACGGCAUUGGUGUUCUGAAUUUCCUCAACGAAACAAGCAAUCGUCAAGAUAUUGCACAGUUCCUGGAUACCUAUCGACCAGACGCUGUGAGUGCGGCUCAAGCCUUCGAAAUUAUUUCCGUCAACAACGGCUCAGAUUACCAAGGACCUUACACAAACAACAUCGUUCAACUCGGCACCAAUUUGGAAGGCAAUCUUGACGCAGAAUUGACGCUGGCGAUGGUAUUUCCCACGCGUAUGACGGCUUACAACACCGGCGGGACUCCUCCCUAUCAGCCGAAUCGCUUCUGGGGUGACUUGAAUCUCAAUGAGCCCUACUUGGAAUGGCUCGAAUUUGCCCUAGAUCAGGACUCGCUUCCCAGCGUUAUCAGCUCUUCUUACGGCGAUUUCGAGCAGACUGUCCCUCCAUCUUAUGCGAGAAGAGUCUGUACAUCGUUUGCUCAGCUGGGUCUCCGCGGUGUGAGCGUCCUAGUGGCCUCAGGUGACUACGGCGUUGGACCUUCAGUAAGCAACUGCGUGUCCAACCAAGAUGAUUCGACCAAGCAGUUCCUGCCUAUAUUCCCAGCCUCCUGUCCUUGGGUCACAGCAGUGGGGGCUACAAAGGGCCAAACCCCUGAGACAGCAACGACCGAUUUUGCUUCGGGAGGAGGCUUCAGCAACUACUUUGAGGCUCCCGAUUACCAGUUAGAAGCUGUGGAGAAGUACCUCGCAGCAUCGACUGAAGACUAUGUUGGUCUCUUCAACAGAAGCGGUCGCGGCUAUCCCGAUGUGGCUGCGCAAGAAACAAUAUGGAACUCGAAGCUACAGGUCUCGACCGGUACUUCUGCAUCGGCCCCUAUAUUCGCCGCUGUCAUAUCACUCCUCAACGAUGCUCGAAUCGCCGAAGGUAGACCACCUCUAGGCUUCUUAAAUCCGUGGCUGUACUCCAAGGCUUACCAAGGCAUGAACGACAUAUUGAAUGGUUCGAGUUUCGGCUGCGGUACAGAUGGCUUUCCGGCUGCCAGCGGGUGGGAUCCGGUUUGCGGCUGGGGAACGCCAAACUUCUUGGCCAUGAAGUCUCUCGCGCUGUCCAUCUAGAAUACAUGAUGAGCCUAGACAAAUUUCCCGAGGCGCUCAGUCGUUGUACCAAUAAUCUAUGGCUCCGCCUCCAUGUAUCAGACCCUCUGA